AAGAAUUUGGAACGGUCGAUAAGGAAGUUAAGGAGACAGCUCAACUAAUUUUGGCAGCGGAUAAACAAAAUUGAAGUCCCGAUAAACAAACUACCACACCGAGUGGUCCACUGAUGGCCAACAACAGUGGAGACAACAGCCGCCAUGCUGAAGACAACGAGGACACUAAUUACCGGGAUGCCUCCGAACCUGCGACUGGGACAUAUGAUGGCCCAUCGUUGUCUCCUGCCAUACACAAGAAGCAUAAAAAAUUAAUCCUGCAUGUGGAUUUAAACAACACCAUUCUGGUGUCCGACUCAGUCAGAUGUCAAGGGACAGAGGCUGCCCUGGAUUAUUUUAUGACGACUGUUACAUGGGGCAAAAUGAGCAAAGGCAAGUGGAAAUGGUUGAGUGACUCUCCUUCUCUACUUCCGCCAUGUGAUGAUGCCAUCAACUACUACUCUCAGUUUGGAGCAUCUCCCAUGUUCACCUCCGUUGCAGGUAAACGCUUUCGUGGAAUUCUGGAGGAACAUCUGAACCUGCUCCGCUGGCCUGAAGGUGUAAAGGGAGACAGCGAGCUGACAACAAAGGCAAUGAAUGGCCGACUCUACCACUGGAUCCUUCCCUCCUUUUUCCAGUUGCUCAAAGACCUGACGCAGCAAGGCACCGAGUUUGCCAUCCACUUUCGUACCUUUGGAUGCGACUUACCUCGUGUGUUAAAUGCUGUAUCCAAAGCACUGAGCCAGGGUGUUCAUCCCCUGUUUCCUGAUCUCCCUGAUUUGAAGUUAAGUGUGAAUAAGACACCAGGGAAGAUCCGCUGCAAUUCGAAGGGGGUUCUUCUGACCAGAGGCGCAGAGCGGCUGUCGUCCCGCGAUGGCGAGAGAGGCCUCUACCAAUUCUUUAGUGGCGCAAAUGGACUCGGAGGCUUCCAGGAUGACUACCAAUGGUGGAUGAUGAAGAAGUUCUCCAUCCAGGGUGGGAAGCCGCUGUGGGUGGACCCCUUUGACGAGCAUGUUCAGCACAUCUUCAUAGAUGACAACAUAAGACAGAAUGACAAGGAUACCGUCAUCCAUCCCAAGGUUUUCAUGGAGCCAGGCGGCUCGGACACUCGCACAGCCUGUGUCUCAGAGUUUUAUGACGUCGCCUUGAUCCAGACCGACCUCCUCAAGGCCAUUUCUGAGCCCGACUACUUCACGCGCCGUGUCCACAUCUGCCAGGAGAAUUAUGAGAAGAAUAUCCAGCAGAGCUCAGGCUAGAGCACAGCUGGACAACUUGUAACCACUUCUGCUCUUGAAGAACUCCUAUUCAGGGUACCAUUUUCUCAGGGCUGUGAUGUUUAACUUGCUUUGUUGUUCAAAAAAAGAGUAAUGAUAAAAAUAUUCCCCAGAAACUAAAUAUCAGGUAUCAGCAGCACAUUCCUAUAUAGUACAUUGAGACAAGACCAAGUAAACGAAUUGUAAGUCAACAAAUUUGAGGGACUACCUUUCAGCAGAGGCUUUGUGAAUAAUGCAUCUUGGCAAGAAUUAUGCAAACUCUCUAAUUGGGGUCAAAUGGAGUCAAGCGCCCCUUUAGUCAGAGCUGAUUUAAUCCAUUACUUGAGUAUAAAAUUCUCUGAUGAGGUUUUUAAGCCAAUAUUGGUGCCAACACCCAAUAAAAGAAGAGGCAGGCCAUUUAAAUUCUCAUUCACACAUUCUGACAUGAUUUUUUGUCAAUGAAUGACGCACUCUUUGGUUGCACAUCACUUUUACUAGCUUUUGUGAUGUGCAAUGUUAAAUGCACUGUGACCCACCAUUAGGUUGAGCAGGUGUUAGGGACGCUUUUAAAUAAUUUUACUUUUUUUUACGUCUUAACACAAACUGACUGCACAUUUACCGAGUGGUUGUUCGUAGUACUGAUUACUGUAUAAUAUGAUGGGUGUUUAUAACAAGUUUAUAUUUCUGCCAGGGAGAUGUUUUAUUGGCAGUUUAUUUAUUGCUGAGUAGUUAGAGACUAAAAAACAACAACCACAAAAACUUUGUGGUGUAGUGAAUUUGUAGCCAAAGAUUUUUUUGCAUGAUGGAGCUUUUUAUUUUUUUGAAAACAUUGUCCUGAACAUUUAUUUUGCAAGAAGUGCGGAUCUACUACAAAGGUGUAAAAUUUGAGGCACAUACAAAUCAAGGUUGUUUGGCCUCAGUUCAUGCUUCACUCUACUGAUGACUUCGACAUUAACAUUCAAUCGCAUGAAACAUUUGUUUGACUGCUUCUUCAGCAUGCAUUUUUUUUGGUAUGCUUCUGUUACAUCAAGCUAUUGUAUUUACUGUCGUUACAAUAUGUCUGAUGUCUAUUAAUAAUGUGUGACAAUCAUUAAACAUUUGUUUUUAAAUGAGA